AUGGCAGCUAUACCACGGGAGGAGCCUCUAUUGGCUCCCCCAGUAACCUUCUCCGACGACCAAUCCUUCCAAGCCGAAGAAGAAGACGCCCUACUAACCGGCGAACGCGCAGAACGCCGCCACGCAGAACGGCGGGGUUGGAUCUUCUGGAAAGAGAUCGGGCUACUCGCCUGGGCAAUCCUCGCCACGAUCAUCGUCGUCGUUCUCGGCGUAGUCUACCAACACGAACUCUCCAAACCAAACCAUGCCACAAAAGACACCUGGGGACCCGGCGGCAAGCCCUCCGGCAAACGCAACCUCAUCUUCAUGGUCUCGGACGGCAUGGGCCCCGCCAGUCUCUCCAUGACCCGAAGCUUCCGACAGCACACGGAGGGUCUACCGAUCGAUAACACGCUGAUCCUGGAUCAACACUACAUUGGCACGUCUCGGACGCGGUCCUCGUCAAGCUUGGUAACGGAUUCGGCAGCGGGAGCGACUGCGUUCUCGUGCGGCUUCAAGAGCUACAAUGGAGCUAUUUCCGUGCUACCGGAUCAUACUCCCUGUGGAACUGUGUUGGAGGCUGCGUCAUUGGCGGGAUACAAGACUGGUUUGGUUGUUACGACGCGUUUGACGGAUGCGACGCCCGCGUGCUUUGCCUCCCAUGCCAACUUGCGACAGUAUGAGGAUAGCAUUGCGGAACAGGAGAUUGGAGAGAACCCGCUGGGUCGGGUCGUUGAUCUUAUGCUGGGUGGUGGACGGUGCCACUUCGUGCCAAACACGACUACUGGUAGCUGUCGAGCUGACGACCGUGAUAUCGUCGGACUUGCCGCUAAGAACGGGUUCAAGCUUGUGAAUGAUAGGGUUGGGUUUGAUGCGCUCAACGGUGGCACUCAGGCCAAGUUGCCGCUGCUGGGUCUCUUUGCUGAUCGUGAUAUUCCGUACGAGAUUGACCGUCGCACGCAAAAUGAUGUUUACCCGUCAUUGGAGGAGAUGGCUCGUACUGCCUUGACGGCAUUGAGCGAGGCGACCCGAGACAGUGAGCAAGGAUUCUUCUUGAUGAUUGAGGGCUCGCGUAUCGAUCAUGCUGGUCACGGCAAUGAUCCCGCUGCACAGGUACACGAGGUGCUUGCCUUUGAUAAGGCCUUCGCUGCCGUCGUGGACUUUUUGGAGAAGGACUCCACCCCCGGAGUCCUUGUCAGCACAUCUGACCAUGAGACCGGUGGUCUGGCGACUGCCAGACAACUUCACCCGGAUUCUUACCCUUCAUACCUCUGGUAUCCAGGUGUCCUGGCGAAUGCCAGCCACUCCGCAGAGUACACCGCGGCUCAGUUGAAGGAGUACCUUGCUGGAACCGGGGCCAAUGUAGAGGAGUCACAGAAAAAGGCAUAUGUCCGUCAGACUCUUUUGGAAAAGUACCUGGGCAUUACCGAUGCUUCUGAAAAGGAGGUAGAUUCCCUUCUCCACCCGCCGACCGGUAUUUCAACUGGAUACUUGUUUGCCGAUAUUGUUAGCCGUCGCUCGCAAAUCGGUUGGUCCACUCACGGACACUCUGCUGUCGAUGUGAACAUCUACGCAUCUUCUACAAAGGGCGCUUGGCCCUUGGUAGGUAACAAGGAAAACACCGACGUGGGCACUUUCCUUGCCAACUACCUCGAUCUCGAUGUAAACGCCGUCACCAAACGGCUUCAAACCUCCGCCUCCUGGAGUGCAUCUUCAGAUGAGGUCUCUACUCAGGCAGACUACCAGUGGAUGGGACACCCAUCAGGCUCGGACAUAAGCACUGAAAGCCUCGAUGCAUACCAUGGCGACUUUAAGCGAUCUUUGGAAGAUUGUGGAUGUGGCGGGCUCCACUAA